AGGCGGCAGCGCUCUAAACUUCGCACGACGCAAACAAUCCCGCUGUCUUGAAAACGUCAUACCGCCUAUUCAAACGCCAGUCGUCUCACCACCUCCGGAAGGCAUCUUUCCACUAGGACAUCCAGGCUUCGUGGUCGAAGUUCGAGAUUGGCAUUGGAACUCUGGGUCACGGUCCUUUCUCCAUUCGAGACCUACGGGUCUGCCGACCCCAACUCACGAAAACCUACACAACACACACAAUGCAACCCGCCUCAAUACGUUCAGCCUUGGUGGCGCUCACGCUUGCGUCGAUAUCCUCAGCAACAACAGUGUCACUCUCGGCUUUCAUUCCGCGGAUCAACAACCUUCCAACGUCUUGCAACACCGUCUACAACUCGGCCAUCGCCGGGUGCUCACCCGAUGACUUCAAAUCCGGCGCAACAUGUACCGCUUCCUGCGUGCGAGGCCUUUCAGCACUCGCAGAGGAAGUGAAAGACAAGUGUGCAGACGUCGAUGCGGGCGAGUUGAGCAUCAUUGGCGUCUUCCAGAACGGACUUGGUAUCCAGAGUCUAUGUCCAGGAGUGACCAUCGUAACGACCUCAAGCGAGACUGCACAGAAGACAAGCACAAAGACAUCAGAGCAAGCAACAAGCACCCAGGCGGUCUUAACGUCUACAAGUUUCACAAACUCAGCAAUCGAAGCGACGUCGACUUCAUCAAGUUCAACAGCAGAUUCGGACGAUGGGGAUGACGAGCCGACCACCUCAGCGCAACCAACAAGUACAAGUUCGUCGACAGGAGGCUUGACGCUGGAUCCGAAUGCUACCGGAACAUUCUCGACUUCCGUCGCGCCACCUACAGACACUGCGCAGGCGGCGGAUCCGACACGAGCACCCAACGCCCAGCUAUCAAACACUGACUCGGGCGGUGGCUCACCGUUCGACGUCGUUGCAGUGGGCGCAUCAUGGCAGCUCAAAGCUUCGGAUCUGUCGAUAGCAAGUCUGUCUGCGAUAGCCAUCGUUCUGCUUACCUGCAGUUAGCAGCGCAGCCGUCUACACUUUCCUUAUGUUUAUGCAUUGCCGAAGAGGCUCACGAUAUGGCGUUGGAGUUUGCAU